AUGCCCGCUGCUUCCAUUGCCUGCUUCCUGUGCCUGCUCGCUGUCUCCUCAGCUUGCUACAUCUCAAACUGUCCCACUGGGGGAAAGAGGGCCGUGAUCGACUCAGCCAGCAGAAAAUGCAUGGCAUGUGGUCCUGGGAACAGAGGCCACUGCUUUGGCCCCAGUAUUUGCUGCGGGGAGGAGCUGGGUUGUUACGUUGGUACCCCAGAGACAAAGAUCUGUCUGGAGGAGAAUUCCCUGCCGUCUCCAUGUGAGGCUGGAGGGAGGUGUGAGGGGCUGAAGGGGAGGGGGGCGGGAGUGGGGCGCUGCGCUGCACCCGGCAUCUGCUGUGAUGAAGUUGUCUCACACCCAUGCCCAUUAACACAGCAUCUGUCUCCCUGCUCCACUCUGCCCACUGCCUCCUCGCUGCCCCCUGCAGAGAGCUGUCGAGUGGACUGUGCUUGUUCUGAAGGAGACGUGUUCAGCAUUAGCAGCAGCCGUUCAGAGGGAGCGGCGGGGCGCAGAGCCGCAGAGAUUUCCUCCUCAGAUUGCUGCACCUGGUGA